UAGUUGGUGAGGGUGUGACCACUGAGCUACGGGCGAGUCCCUGGUGGUGGUGACGUCACAGUGUUGUGGUGUCACAGUUGAUUGUGACACUUGUGUUACCUGGUGUGUUACCUGGUGUGUCCCUACACCACACAGGUACACUGUACCACAUCUCACUAACAUCCCUGCCACUUGUACCACCUUAAAUACGGGGAGAAGCCACAAGACCCUGCCAGGCAGGGGCUCCCUGUACGAGGUGGAUAAGGGCAACAGGCAGCAGCUCCCCCAAGAUGUUUGGGACAAACAGUUCCAAUCGAGGAGCAUUUUUGGAGGCAACAAGGGAAGCUAGAGAAGAGCGAGCAGCAGAACGAAGACGAGAUGAAGCUGCUGUGAAGAUACAGGCCACUGUUCGGGGCUGGCUUGUCCGUUGUUCAUUGGAUAAAAAUGUCAGGGAAAGGUUUGACGACUUGUUCGGAAGUGAAGUAGUACUGUCGGACCAGACACCCACACUACCUCCUGCCUUGGAUGUGUUCCAACAGAUCACACACUUCAUUAAGAUAUUUAAAUUGGAGAAGGAUGAGAAGAGAUUUGAGAUAUUUACUAGAUAUUUGUUGGCAAGCAUGGACAGUGAGAACUUGCAGCUGAGUUAUGUUUCCUGUGGCAUGAAUAAAGACCUUACUCUACAUUGGAUUCAGCAUAUGAAAGAUGUUCUCUUCAUUGCCUGCAAAGUAUUGGAAAGUUUGCAAGCAGAAGUAUCAUCAGAGAACCGGCUGAUAUCCCUAUACCUGCACCUCCUCCUUGCGUUUACUGCAACUAACACUUGGAAGAUUGUGCGCAUGAAGAAUUUUGAACCACUUAGGCCAGCACUUAAUAAGCUAACAGAAAACAUCAUGGGAGAUUUAGUGUGCAGGGGCUUGUACACUACUUUGAAUCAUGUGUUGGUGCGAGGGUUGUGUCGAGGGAAGGCGGCACUGCGAGGUCCAGCUGUCACAACAAUUACAACACUGGCACUGCGUCCUCUCGUGGCAGCUCAGUAUUCGGACAAGCUUCUCUCACUGAUCACCAUCCACAUCCUCAGUGUUCCUGCACUUAUUCAUCAUCUGGUUACUUUAGCUCCUGAGGCAUUACAAAUGUUUCAUGCCAAUGAGCUAUUUGAGAGAGUUGUGGAAUUUGUACAGACGGAACAAAAUUUGCGUAUUGUCUUUAAUACUCUGGAAGGUUCGUACUCUCUGUGUCUUCUAGCAAACCUCGUUCAUCUGGCAUAUGAAGAAAAAGAUAGAGCUCUUCCAAGGCUGGCAUUUCCCAAGUUUAAUUUUGUAGUGAAGCGUCUCCUGGAGAAGUGUGGGGAAUAUGUAACCACGAAGCAGAGUAGCCUGACACAGUGGCAUCCUGUACUCGGUUGGUUCUCUCGACCCCUUGACCAGCACCUCAAUGAAUCUUUAACGUUGGUCAAGUCACAGCUGCAGCUCCUGUGGUCAGGCUCAAUCAUUAGAGUUAUGUUUUCAUGUCUUUCUGACCUUAUGGCAGAUCAGGAACCACAGUCAAAUGACUCCAACAGCAAUUCAGGAGUUACUGCAACUUCAACCACCUCCUCCUUGAGCAAUGCAGGUUCCAUUACACCUUCGAAUCUCUUGAAGAAGGUACUGGAACGUAAACUUAGUUGUACUGUUACUGGAGGGGGCCUUAGAAGUGGAGGUCUACGAGGUGGAGGUUGUCGGAAACUAGGUUCCCCAACAGUGUCCACUGUGGCCAUAGUGUGUUCUAUGUACCACACAGCAAUAACAACUCUAUCUCAACUAAGAAUGGAUAUUCUUACAGGUUUAUGCUACAAGAGUGAUAUGGUGCCUCAACUCUGGCAUAUCCUGCUGUCACUUGGUCCAUCCUGUGGAAUCAAGAAUUACUUAGACCUGCUUUCAGUGUCAACAAAAGCUACAGCACCUGAAUUCCACUUACUCAUCCUUUUCUGUGAUGCAACCACUCAUCUUGUUACGGUUCUGGAUGAUUUAGAGAUGUACGAACAACAAAAGCCUUUCACUCUUGCUGACUACUCAACUAUGGCAUCAUUUCUUAACAACUUCACUUACAAGAUAAUUAACAAUGGAUUGGUUGAUGUUCGCAAUGUCCAGAAUAGUGCCCUCUUUGUCUCUGCACACACACUCCUCAUGCUCUUAUAUAAAAGAAACUCUCGCAGAAGCUAUGUACCUGACACACACUGGCUUAUUAAGGAGGUGCGCGUAUCUGCAUUCAUGGCUGAUCUGGAGCAUGGCAAGAGAUCUGCACAGGUUCUCAUGCAAAAAAUGCCACACAUCAUCCCUCACACAGAGCGAGUUUUGUUAUUCAGAAAGAACGUUAAUAAUGAGAAGGCAGUGUUAGGGCUAACGGAUGCUGCAUGUGCCACACCACAUUCCACCCUCAUCACAAUACAUAGAUGUCGCCUUGUUGAGGAUGGCUAUAGACAACUGGCUUCACUUUCUCCUCGGUCCCUAAAGGGUAUGAUUCGGGUGCGGUUUAUCAAUGAGCAAGGAUUAGACGAAGCUGGAAUAGACCAGGAUGGAGUUUUUAAAGAGUUUCUAGAGGAGACACUCAAGAGGGUAUUCGAUCCUUCCCUCAACUUAUUCCGUCUUACAAGUGAGGAGCGGCUCUACCCAUCUCCAACCUCCUCCAUGACAGAAAAUCACCUCCAGUUAUUUGAAUUCACUGGGCGUAUGUUGGGAAAAGCGGUAUAUGAGGGUAUUGUGGUUGACUGCCCAUUUGCAUCGUUCUUUCUUAGUCAAGUAUUGGGUGAACAGCAGUCAGCCCUCUACUCUUCUAUUGAUGAGCUGCCUUCACUAGACCCAGAACUGUACAAAUCAAUGACAUAUAUUAAGCAUUAUGAUGGAGAUGUAAAUGAAUUGGAUCUCACCUUCUCUUAUGAUGAAGAUUACCUGGGUCAGAUAAUUACUCAUGAACUCAGACCUGGUGGUAAGGUAGUACCUGUGACUAAUGAUAACAAGAUAGUUUACAUUCACCUUAUGGCCCACUUCAAGAUGCAUACACAGAUCAAGGACCAGACAAAAGCCUUCAUCCGUGGCUUCCGCUCCAUCAUCAACCCAGAGUGGCUGUCACUCUUCUCUGUUCCAGAGUUUCAACGACUGAUCUCUGGAGACAAUGUAGCAGUGGACCUUAAAGAUCUGCGUGAAAACACACUUUAUUAUGGAGGCUUUCAUGAUAAGCAUAGAGUUGUAUGUUGGUUGUGGGAUAUUCUUGAGCGAGAUUUCAAAGAGGAGGAGCGAGCUCUUUUCUUGAAGUUUGUGACCAGCUGUUCAAAGCCACCACUCUUAGGAUUUACACACUUGGAACCACCUUUUUCUAUUCGUUGUGUUGAAGUAGGCGAUGAUGAAGAUACAGGUGAUACAAUUGGCAGUGUUAUCCGUGGCUUCUUUGCUAUACGAAAACGUGAUCCUGUGAACCGCCUUCCCACCUCAUCCACAUGUUUUAACCUGCUUAAACUGCCAAAUUACCAGCGAAAAAGCACCUUAAGGGAUAAAUUACGUUAUGCUAUCACAAGUAAUACAGGAUUUGAGCUUUCUUAAGGGUAAGAAUUAAAUAAACUGAAUCGGCUCUAUUUUUUUUUUUUUUUAAUUCUGUUGUUGAAUUAUAAAAGAUGGUAUGCUGUAUCAUGAAAACUCUUUGAUAUUGUAAGAUUUGUUAGGAAAUACUUUUCAAAAUGUGGAACAUAUGUGACCCAUAACUGGUUACAAGGAUACAAGGUACUAAAGUGGAACUUGUAGCCAUUGUAGAACUGUAUUGUAGUUUAAAAAAAAAGUCAGUGGCGAGCUAUUAUUUUCUCAGAACUAAAAGUUAAAAAAAAAUUCACUUUAUACCUGAAGAUAUUAUUUUUCAAGACAAUUUGAUCUUAUAUUAUUAGAAUAUAUGAAGGUAUUUUAAGAUAUUACAUAUUAAUUUUUGUGCCUCAUCAGAUUUGCACGGGACAUUUAAACUACCUAUGUAUUAUACUGUAUAAUUAUCCUUGAUUCCAAAUUGUAGAAUGAAUAAUGUACAGUAUAUUGAUAAUUUAUUUUCUGAAUAGAAUCCAAUAGGAAAUUAUAAGCUGUGUAUACUUGAAUAGUAUCAUAAUUAUUUACAGAAUAGUACAAACAUACAUCUGUCAAUUAUGUGAUGGGAUGAUACAUAUAAAUGUCACUUGUAUUUCUUCUUUCUUCUUUCAAUGCACCAGCCGUAUCCCACCGAAGCAGGGUGGCCCAAAAAGAAAAGCAAAAGUUCCUCUUUUUAACUUCAGUAAUGUAUACAGGAGAAGGGGUUACUAGCACCUUGCUCCCAGCAUUUUAGUCACCUCUUACAACAUGCAUGGCUUACGGAGGAAGAAUUCUGUUCUACUUCCCCUUCUAGUUAUCAUAUUCAUUAAGCUUAUCAUACUAGAUUCGUGUAUGACUCAAGAAAUAACAAGCAUUUGUUACUAAGUAAUGAUUGAGCAUGCAGGUAACAGUUAUGUUGCUCUCACAUGUAAUAACACUAAGCAGUACUUCAUGUUUGUUUCAUACAUCUUACUCUAAGUACUCUUUAAUUUGUAUGAUAGUUGAUAAAAACCAUAGAUAUUUCUUUUAUAAUUUUUAUUGUAAAAUAAGUGAUUACAUACAGUGAGGAAUACAAGAUAUGCAAGAACAAUCUUCUCUACAAAUUCACAGGGUUAUGUUCUAGAUUUCCUGCAAAAUGGAAACUAUUCCUAAGAUCUCCAUACCAAAUUGAGUUUAAAUUUGGGCUCAUUUUAGAGGGACAUGUGAACUAUCGUAUCUGAGCAACUUGGGAAAGACAGUGUUAUUGUGUAUGAUGGUGAAAGCAUUUCUUUUUCGGGUCACCUUGCUUCAGUCGAGACUGCCAGCAUGUUAAAAUAUGUAAAAAAAAAAAAAUCUGUAAAAUAUCACUUUGAUAUUGACAUUCUUAAAAAUAGUUACCAAAAUAAGAGAGAUUUGAUUGUGGGAAAGUCAUUGUACCAGAAAAACAUUGGAUAAUUAAAUCUAUUUGCUGGAUGCCCAUCUGUAAAAAAAUUUGAUGAUCAAAGCCCAUUAAUAUAGAAGUACAGUAGGACCUCCAUAUCCGUGGGGGAUAUGUUUCAAGAACCUACCGUGGAUACUGAAACCAUGGAUAAUAGCAAACCCUACUAUUUAGAAAGUUUAAUUGAUAAAUUAUGCACAAUAAAUGGAGAAUUUGCAGUUUUUCACUGAUGGGAAGCACUUCACAGUUUCUCUUAGGCUUUGAAGAACUGCCAGCUUCUCUACAUUUGUGUUUUGGGGCCAUUAUUAUGCAAAAUUAAGAGGUAUUUUUGGGCCACUGCAAACCGUGGAUAACUGAGGCCAUGGAUGCCAGAUCAGUGCAUAUGGGGGUUCUACUGUAUCUGAAUCUGUAAGGUUAAUUGGACAGUAGAUUUGAUGUGUAAUAUAGGUCUGUAUUAUACUGUAUGCUCUCUUAUUAGAUAGCAUAUAGUAUUAGAGAGCAUAUAGGAUAAAAGAAGAGUUGAAAAUUAUAUACCGUGAUGGAUUUAGGAAUGAAUGUGUUUGCUUAUUUUCAUAAUUCAUAUAUAAUUACUUUAGGUAACACUCAUGGAUAUGUAAUUCAUAACUGAUACAAGCUGUUGCAUAUUAUAUACAGUUAUACAACUUUUUUUUUUUUUUAAUGUUGGUUGAGAAUCUAAGCUCUUCAUUUCAUCAUCCAAGUCUAACUAGCUGAGUAGCUUCCUGAGAAUACUUAGUGGAUGACAUAAUCUGGAGGAUAUUUGAAGUACAUGUUCUUCGUUGUAUGGAGACAUAUUUUUGAAAUGGGAAACAGUGAUGUAAUGGUGAAUGCUAAAGCCAUAAUCAUGUCCAGUCCAGUAUUUACCUAUUUUAAUUACUUUCUUGUUGCUACAGGAGCAGGAUAUUUCCUCUUAGAUGUUUAAUAUACAAAAUCAUAUCAUUUUUAAAAAUUUUCAGUGGUUGCAGCAGUUAUUACCUCGUUUUGUAACCUGUUUCAUUGUUCUACCACUGUUUAUGAAGAAUGUCAUUUUAGUAUUCUUUCUGCACCUGUUCUUCCUUAGUUUAUAGUUAUAGCCUCUUGUUCUUCCUGUUGUUGAUGUUAAGAAACUUUCCUAAUGUAUUUUUUACUUUCAUUGUAUUUUUUUUCUUUUCAACCAACGAGGGCAUGGUUAAUGAUUUUAGUUUUUAUUCAUGACUUAUUGAUUUUUUUAUUAUUUUUAUCCUCAUGAUUUUUGAAUGUGUGGAUAUCAUAUAACCACUUCAUAUUGCAGUUUUAAACAGGCUUUUUAUCAUUACUUCACUUGUACAGGCACUCCUCACUUAAUGACCUACCUGUUGAACAACUGCUUGGACUUACGACCAGCUCUCCGACCGGUAUACAAGCCUAAAUAAUGUAUAUUAGAGCAGAUUUCCUCUAUUCUGUUUAUUACAUUAUACAGUACACUAUUUUAUAAAUAUUUAAAAAUAUACUAAAAAUGUUAUAAAUGGUGCAAUUGUGACAUUAAAACAAUAUCUAAAGAUGAUUGACACAAACCCACUACCAGUACAAUAUGCUCCUCGCUUUAUGAUCAAUUCGCUUAUUGACCUAUUCUUAGGAAUGGAACUCAGUUGUUAAGUGAAGAGUACCUGUAUAUCAAAAAUCUAUUCUAAGUGUGUUCUACAGUUUAAAUAAUGUGAUCUGUUGAUGAUAGUCAUUGGUGAAUCUUAGGUCCUCAGCUUUCUCUUAGGCUUUUAUAUUUUAUCACAAUCUAUUCAUGUGGCCUAUUUUCACUUUCUCCUAUAUCUCUUACAUGACACUUAUCUGUUUUAAAUUCCAUAAUACAUCUAACAUUCUACUUGCUCAGCUUAUCCAGGUCUUCCUGCAGACAGGGAUUCUUAGUCAUAUACAGUGGACCCCCGGUUAACGAUUUUAAUCCGUGCAAGAGGGAUAAUUGUUAUGCGAAAUAAUCGUUAUGCGAAUGAAUUUUCCCCCUAAGAAAUAAUGGAAAUAAAAUUAAUCCGUGCAAGACGCCCAAAAGUAUGAAAAAAAUUUUUUUUUACCACAUGAAAUGUUAAUUUUAAUACACACAAACUGAAAAAGGCAUGCACAAUUACAUGACACUUACUUUUAUUGAAGAUCUGGUGAUGAUUGAUGGGAUGGGAGGAGGGGAGAGCAUUAUCUUCUUACUGUUUAGAAGGGGAAUCCCCUUCCAUUACGACUUGAGGUAGCAAGUCCUUUUCCGGGGUUACUUCUCUUCUUCUUUUAAUGCCACUAGGACCAGCUUGAGAGUCACUGGACCUCUGUCGCACAACAAAUCUGUCCAUAGAGCUCUGUACCUCCCGUUCCUUUACGAUUUGUCUAAAAUGGGCCACAACAUUGUCAUUGAAAUAGUCACCAGCACGGCUUGCAACAGCUGUGUCAGGGUGAUUUUCAUCUAUAAAGGUUUGCAGUUCAACCCACUGUGCACACAUUUCCUUAAUCUUUGAAGUAGGCACAAUGGAUUCCACAACUGGCAUAGGCUUCUCAGGGUUAGCCCCAAACCCUUCAAAAUCUUUCUUAAUUUCCAUACUAAUUCUCACCCUUUUUACCACAGGGUUGGCACUAGAAGCUUUCUUGGGGCCCAUGGUCACUUAUUUUCCAGAAACAGCACCGAAAACACUGUAAUAAUACGAAAUAUUCCGAGUGUAUGCUUGGAUGUUACUGCGGAGGCUGGCUGGUAAACAAUGGGACGGGCGGCACAUGUGAGGGCACAUUGGACGCGUCUCGGACGAAAAUCGGUGAGCGGGUUUUUAAUCGGUAUGCGCGGCAAAAAUUUUGCAAUAAAAGUAAGCGGUAUGCGGAAAAAUCGCUAUGUGAUGCCAUCGUUAUGCGGGGGUCCACUGUAUUGCUUAAUUUUCAUAAAAUCUCUGCAUAUUUACAGACAGGUUCAUGUAGUUUUUUAUUCCUUCUUGCAAGUUAUAUAAAUUAAAAAAAAUUAUUGGACCAAACACCUAUCCUUGCUGUAACCCACUGGUGACGUUACCCAUUUUACCUCGUAUCACUUUUCACAUUUUUAUUUCAAAUGCAAAAUCUUCCACACUAAUGGUUUGAGUUUUGUUCCUCUUAUCUUUAGUUGUUUCCAUAUAAGUUUUUAUUGGUUGCAUAGUUAUAUUGUUUGCCACUGAAUAUUUGGUAUUGCAUGAAUAUUCUCUCUCAGGAAUAUGAACACAUACAGACAGUUCAACAUACUUUUAUUUGAACAAUAAAUUUGUACAGGUUGUGCUAGAGACACAAGCAGCAGGUGUGUGGGGGUUGUUGGAGAUACAAAAGGAAAAUCUGUGCAGGUUAUGCUAAUAAGAUAAGAUAAAAUAAGAUUUCGUUCGGAUUUUUAACCCCGGAGGGUUAGCCACCCAGGAUAACCCAAGAAAGUCAGUGCGUCAUCGAGGACUGUCUAACUUAUUUCCAUUGGGGUCCUUAAUCUUGUCCCCCAGGAUGCGACCCACACCAGUCGACUAACACCCAGGUACCUAUUUGCUGCUAGGUGAACAGGACAACAGGUGUAAGGAAACGUGUCAAAAUGUUUCCACCCGCCGGGAAUCGAACCCGGGCCCUCCGUGUGUGAAGCCAGAGCUUUAGCCACCAGGCCACCAGGCCACCUAAUGGUGCAAUGACUUGUUCAUGUUUUAUACCUUGUUCUAGUAUGUAUUUAUGUCUUUUUAAAAACAAAUGCUUGUAUUCCCUACUUUUGGUAAUUACACUUCAUUAUCACCUAACUUUGUCAUUUUACUAAUCAUUCACAAAAUACUUGUUUCCAUUAUUUAAUAUUUCCUUCUAUUACUUUUGUAAUGUCAUUUUAUAAUUCAAAAUCAUUUCACUUAAAUGAAAAUGCACACUAUUAUUCACUGUUAGUCAUGAUCAAUAACUUCAGUUUAUAGCAAUAUUAAUAGUGCUAGUUAUCAGCUUGAGCACCGAUAUUUAAUUAUCAGUAUAAUUUUUUUUUUUGGGGGGGGGGGUGAAAAGUAUUAUGUAUUAAUCUUCUGCAUGUUGUAGCAGUGGUGUGCUAGAUGUGUACUGUUGGUCUUACUCUGUUUGUGAUCAGUAAUUCAUAAGUUCUCAAGCAGAGAGGUGGGGUAUACAAUAUAUCUAGCAGUAAGUUAAGGGUAGAACUGUAUUAGUAAGUACUAAGCUGAUAAAUAUAAUACUAAGGUUAUAAGAGACAAAGCUUCACUGUGAGCAUAUAUUGUUGUCUGUGAUAUUAUUAUGUGGGUAUGUGUAACCUUACAUUGUAAAUACUUAUACUGUUUAUAACAUCUCAGCUGAAGUCAUACUGGUGAUGUUUUAGAAUAUAAGUUUUAAAACUGUAGGACUAAUGUUGACCAAAUCUUCUUUAAACUUAUUAAUUUUUGUUACUUAACUUUUUAUCUUAUUAACUUCAGUUUUAGUGCAGCCUGUAUAAGCUGCACUAUUAUUGUAUUUUAUAAAUUAGUAAAUUUAUGUGGGGUGUUCAGUGCAAUGAAUGGUGGAUGCUCCAACCUUCACCUGCUGAUAGUGACCCUGCCUCUGACCAGUCAGGCUAUAUUAUCGGUAAUGAAGGUAGGGAUGACAUGAUCAUCCAUUUAUAAGCAAGAUUGUUUGUUCUAGGUUAUGCUAUGCAUUCCUAGUUAUGGAAUUACUGCUAAUUUCAGGCCUUUGUCCAGGUACCUUGUGUGUACUUAAAGCUCUUUCCAUUAUUACUAUACUCCAAUUGUAUUACUGUAUUAUUCAACAGUGUAUAUGCUCUUCUGUGAAGUAGUAGAAUUUAAGGAAAGGGUUUUCUGAAUUGGUAAGAAUAAAUUCCAUGUUAAAAAUGUAAGUAAAAUGUAAAGGAUGCGUGGGUCUCAUAGAGCCUAAGAAGAAUAGGUCAGGGUAUUAAGAGUGAGUGAGUGUGUAUGUGUGUAUGUGUAUGUCCAUUGGCAUACUGAAGAGUGAUAUACUUUCAAUAUUUCUCUGCCUUCAAACUCUAUCUCAGACUCAAGCCUUUAUAGAAAGUUUUGAAUGUACAUAUAAUGAAGAAGUAAAAUUAAAUAUAACAAUAGUGUUCAGAUGAUUAAUGUAAGGUCUUUAUGGAUGUAGAUCUUUACAUCUCAUCCUACAUGAUAAUUUAUCUUGUUAAAAAGGUGACCUGUAACUUCCUUUGUAUUGAUUAUUUCAGUAAUACAGGUUCUGACCUGAUACCCUGACUAGAUGCAGUUUUGGUUAUGAUGUUUUAUUAGGAUUACAGAUGAUGUCUUGUAGUACAGUUACUGUGAAAAGUGAUAUGGGAAAGACAAAACAAGGUGGAUUUAGGAAGGAAAGAGAUGUAUGUAUGUAUCAAGUGUUCACAUAAGAGCAUAUGAGUGAGCAAUACUGUGAUAAGAGUAAGGAGCUGUUUGUUGCAUUUAUGGAUUUAGAAUAAGCUUCUAAUAUAGUGGAUACGGAAGUAAUAUGGCAAGUAUUGUAAAUGUAUGGAAUGUGUGAUGUUCUACUAAAAACUGUAGUGUUUUUAUGAGGAAUGAGGAGAGUUUGGCUUAGGUUAAGUUAUGUAGAAGAUGAGGGUAUUUUUUAUUAAAAGGUGAUCUUAGGGAUGUCAUAUGUCACUGUGGUGAGUUAACAUUUAUAGAUGGGGUUAUAAAUAAAGUGAAUGUUAGUAUUGGGGAUAACUGCAAUAUAAAGGGAAAGGGGACAAAAGAGAUUGUAAAAAUUAUAGAGGAAUAAGUUUACUGAAUAUACCAGGAAAAGUGUACGGUAGGGUUAUAAUUGAAAGAAUUAGAGGUAAGACAGAAUGUAGGAUUGCGGAUGAGCAAGGAGGUUCCAGAGUGGGUAGGGGAUGUGUAGAUCAAGUGUUUACAUUGAAGCAUAUAUGUGAACAGUAUUUAGAUAAAGGUAGGGAAGUUUUUAUUGCAUUUAUGGAUUUAGGAAGAGAGUGCAAAAAUUAUAGGGGGAUAAGUCUGUUGAGUAUACCUGGUAAAGUGUAUGGUAGAGUUAUUAUUGAAAGAAUUAAGAGUAAGACGGAGAAUAGGAUAGCAGAUGAACAAGGAGGCUUUAGGAAAGGUAGGGGGUGUGUGGACCAGGUGUUUACAGUGAAACAUAUAAGUGAACAGUACUUAGAUAAGGCUAAAGAGGUCUUUGUGGCAUUUAUGGAUUUGGAAAAGGCAUAUGACAGGGUGGAUAGGGGGGCAAUGUGGCAGAUGUUGCAGGUGUAUGGUGUAGGAGGUAGGUUACUGAAAGCAGUGUAGAGUUUUUACGAGGAUAGUGAGGCUCAAGUUAGAGUAUGUAGGAAAGAGGGAAAUUAUUUCCCAGUAAAAGUAGGCCUUAGACAAGGAUGUGUGAUGUCACCAUGGUUGUUUAAUAUAUUUAUAGAUGGGGUUGUAAGAGAAGUAAAUGUGAGGGUCUUGACAAGAGGCGUGGAGUUAAAAGAUAAAGAAUCACACACAAAGUGGGAGUUGUCACAGUUGCUCUUUGCUGAUGACACUGUGCUCUUGGGAGAUUCUGAAGAGAAGUUGCAGAGAUUGGUGGAUGAAUUUGGUAGGGUGUGCAAAAGAAGAAAAUUAAAAGUGAAUACAGGAAAGAGUAAGGUUAUGAGGAUAACAAAAAGAUUAGGUGAUGAAAGAUUGUAUAUCAGAUUGGAGGGAGAGAGUAUGGAGAGGGUGAAUGUAUUCAGAUAUUUGGGAGUGGACGUGUCAGCGGAUGGGUCUAUGAAAGAUGAGGUGAAUCAUAGAAUUGAUGAGGGGAAAAGGGUGAGUGGUGCACUUAGGAGUCUGUGGAGACAAAGAACUUUGUCCUUGGAGGCAAAGAGGGGAAUGUAUGAGAGUAUAGUUUUACCAACGCUCUUACAUGGGUGUGAAGCAUGGGUGAUGAAUGUUGCAGCGAGGAGAAGGCUGGAGGCAGUGAAGAUGUCAUGUCUGAGGGCAAUGUGUGGUGUGAAUAUAAUGCAGAGAGUUCAUAGUUUGGAAGUUAGGAGGAGGUGCGAGAUUACCAAAACUGUUGUCCAGAGGGCUGAGGAAGGGUUGUUGAGGUGGUUCGGACAUGUAGAGAGAAUGGAGCGAAACAGAGUGACUUCAAGAGUGUAUCAGUCUGUAGUGGAAGGAAGGCGGGGUAGGGGUCGGCCUACGAAAGGUUGGAGGGAGGGGGUAAAGGAGGUUUUGUGUGCGAGGGGCUUGGACUUCCAGCAGGCAAGCGUGAGCGUGUUUCAUAGGAGUGAAUGGAGACAAAUGUUUUUUUUUUAAUACUUGACGUGCUGUUGGAGUGUGAGCAAAGUAACAUUUAUGAAGGGGUUCAGGGAAACCGGCAGGCCGGACUUGAGUCCUGGAGAUGGGAAGUACAGUGCCUGCACUCUGAAGGAGGGGUGUUAAUGUUGCAAUUUAAAAACUGUAGUGUAAAGCACCCUUCUGGCAAGACAGUGAUGGAGUGAAUGAUGGUGAAAGUUUUUCUUUUUUGGGCCACCCUGCCUUGGUGGGAAUCGGCCAGUGUGCUAAUAAUAAAAAUAAAAAUAUUAUGGAUUUGGAAAAGGCAUAUGAUAGAGUGGAUAGGGGAGCAAUAUGGCAGAUGUUACAAGUAUAUGGAAUAGGUGGUAAGUUACUAAAUGCUGUAAAGAGUUUUUAUGAGGAUAGUGAGGCUCAGGUUAGGGUGUGUAGAAGAGAGAGAGACUACUUCCCGGUAAAAGUAGGUCUUAGACAGGGAUGUGUAAUGUCACCAUGGUUGUUUAACAUAUUUAUAGAUGGGGUUGUAAAAGAAGUAAAUGCUAGGGUGUUCGGGAGAGGGGUGGGAUUAAAUUAUGGGGAAUCAAAUACAAAAUGGGAAUUGACACAGUUAGUUGCUUUUUGCUGAUGAUACUGUGCUUAUGGGAGAUUCUAAAGGAAAAAAUGCAAAGGUUAGUGCAUGAGUUUGGGAGUGUGUGUAAAGGUAGAAAGUUGAAAGUGAAUAUAGAAAAGAGUAAGGUGAUGAGGGUAUCAAAUGAUUUAGAUAAAGAAAAAAUGGAUAUCAAAUUGGGGAGGAGGAGUAUGGAAGAAGUGAAUGUUUUCAGAUACUUGGGAGUUGAUGUGUCGGCGGAUGGAUUUAUGAAGGAUGAGGUUAAUCAUAGAAUUGAUGAGGGAAAAAAGGUGAGCGGUGCAUUGAGGUAUAUGUGGAGACAAAAAACAUUAUCUAUGGAGGCAAAGAAGGGAAUGUAUGAAAGUAUAGUAGUACCAACACUCUUAUAGGGGUGUGAAGCUUGGGUUGUGAAUGCAACAGCGAGGAGACGGUUGGAGACAGUGGAGAUGUCCUGUCUAAGGGAAAUGUGUGGUGUAAAUAUUAUGCAGAAAAUUCGGAGUGUGGAAAUUAGGAGAAGGUGUGGAGUUAAUAAAAGUAUUAGUCAGAGGGCUGAAGAGGGGUUGUUUAGGUGGUUUGGUCAUUUAGAGAGAAUGGAUCAAAGUAGAAUGACAUGGAAAGUGUUUAAAUCUGUAGGGGAAGGAAGGCAGAGUAGGGGUCGUCCUCGAAAAGGUUGGAAGGAAGGGGUAAGGGAGGUUUUGUGGGUGAGGGGCUUGGACUUCCAGCAGCCGUGCAUGAGCGUGUUCGAUAGGAGUGAAUGGAGAUGAAUGAUAUUUGGGACCUGACGCUCUGUUGGAGUGUAAGCAGGGUAAUAUUUAGUGAAGGGAUUCAGGGAAACCGGUUAUUUUCAUAUAUCCGGACUUGAGUCCUGGAAAUGGGAAGUACAAUGCCUGCACUCUAAAGGAGGGGUUUGGGAUAUUAGCAGUUUGGAGGGAUAUGUUGUGUAUCUUUAUAUGUAUAUGCUUCUAAACUGUUGUGUUCUGAGCACCUCUGCAAAAACAGUGAUUAUGUGUGAGUGAGGUGAAAAUGUUGAAUGAUGAUGAAAGUACUUUCUUUUUGGGGAUUUUCUUUCUUUUUUGGGUCACCCUGCCUCGGUGGGAGACGGCCGACUUGUUAAAAAAAAUAAAAUAAAAUAAAGCUAGAGUUGCCACAGUAGAUUUUUGCUGAUAAAGUGCUUUUAGUGGAUUCAGAAGAGAAGUUGCAGAGGUUAGCAGAAUUUAGAAGGGUGUAUAAAGGAGAAACAUGAAAGCAAAUACAGGAAAUACCAAUUAUAGUUGAUAGUAAAGAGUGUAAAUAAUGUCAGUUUGGGCAUGAUCCUGGAGGGAAGGAGAAUGAAGGAAGUGAAUGUAUUUGGUUAUUUCAGCAUGAAGAUGUGGGCAGAUGUGUCCAUGAAAGAUGAAGUGAAUCAUAGAAUAUAUGAUCGGUUUAGAAAAACUGGUUAGCCGGACUUGAGUAUAGCUGAUAAGUAUAGUGCUUGUACUUUGAAGGAUGGGUGGGGAUGUUGCAGUUCAGUGAAUUGUGUGAAGACUUAUGUCCUUUCACUUCUAGCAAGACAGGUAGGUAAUAAUUGAUGGGAAAGUAUGUUCCUAAUUUGGGAUUUGGUCAUCCUACCUAUGUAGAAAAUUGCUGAUGUGCUAAGAAAUUGGUUUAGAGAAAUUUAGUGCAGUGGCACUGUUAUAUGAUACGCUGAUAAAAUGAGAACGAGGGAUAUAGUAUUGUAAAGGUUGACUGUUGAUUGCCAAGUACACUGCGAUAUCAACACUAAAAUAAUAUAAGAAAAAGUAUUUAAAGUUGUGCACAAGCACCAAUUUUUUACAUUAAACUUUAGACAGUGGUUUAAUUCACAAGCAAUUAUCAAUUGUUAAAUGCAUCUGUAUAUAUCACUGUACUUUAUAUCCGUGUAUUUAUUUAUAAUUAACAGCAACUGUUUAAGCUGUCACUGGCAAAAGUAUGUAUUGUAUACAUGUUAGUUAUUAUAAAAAAAUAGUUGAAAAGUUGGUGCCCUACUGACAUGAAUUAAGUGUUACUCACAAAUAUAUUAAUGUUUUCAGUCAAGACAGUAUAGUUGUUGUAUAUUGGCUUCACUCUUCAUUUAAUUGCAAACAGUAAGAAAAAUAUAAUAUGUUAAAACCUAGACAAGAGUAAUGGAAAUCUUGCAUUUUGCAUUUAUAUAAAACACUAAGAUCUUGUUCGUAUGGCAGUAUUUGCUGAAGCAGUAACACUUAAUCAUUGUCUGAUGUAGAUGUCCAAUAAGUUACCCAUUGCAUAGACAAACCCUGUACAGAGAGCUUAUACAAAUUUGCAGAAAUAAGUACUGCAUUAAAGUGAGAGUCAAUAGCUAAGUGCCUCAGAUGUUGUGUAAUUGACGUAGAUAGACAGAAAGCCAUGUACUGUAUGGUUUUUGCCAUAGAGGAUGAACUGUAUAUUCUCAAUAAAAUGCAAAUGUUGUA